UAUACACACACACAUUUGUUUAUAUAUCAUAGAACCCAUCUUUGUUUCUUGGGUUGGUGUUCAUAUGGAGUGGAUUAGAGGACCUGCCAUAGGCCGUGGCGCCACCGCCACGGUGUCUCUAGCCACCGCGGUGCCUUCCGGGGAGGUUUUCGCGGUGAAGUCGAGCGAGUUGUGUCACUCCAUGUUGUUACAAAGAGAGAGUUACUUGUUGUCCAAACUGAGCUGUCCUCGUAUAGUUAAGUACAUAGGGUGUGGUGUUAGGAACGAAACGAGUAGUAACAAGCCUACGUACAACCUUUGCAUGGAGUAUGUCUUCGGCGGCACGCUGUUCGAGGAGAUUCAAAGGGUCGGGGGGAGAUUGGGUGAAGAGAAAGUGAGGUUGUACACCAGGCAGAUUCUACAAGGUUUGGAUUAUCUUCAUGGGAAUGGGGUGGUGCAUUGUGACAUCAAGAGCCAGAAUAUUUUGAUAGGUGAAGAAGGAGCGAAGAUUGCUGAUCUUGGCUGUGCUAAGUUGAUGGGAAAAGUUGGUGGUGAUGAUCGAUUCGACACGUCAGCAUUUUCCGGUACACCGGCUUUCAUGGCACCGGAGGUGGCACGUGGGAAGGAGCAGGGUUAUGGAGCUGAUAUAUGGGCUCUUGGAUGUACAAUUAUAGAGAUGGGCACCGGAAAUUCACCAUGGCCGGAGCUGAAUGAUCCAGUGUCAGCUCUUUACAAGAUUGGAUUUUCCGAGGAUGUACCCGAGAUUCCCAAGUGGUUUUGCGAGAAAGGUAAGGAUUUUGUUAGCAAGUGUCUGAGGAGGGAUGCCAAAGAGAGAUGGACAGCUAAAGAAUUGCUUCAACAUCCAUUUGUGGAAGAAUUGGAUACCCAUUUGAAGGAAGUAAAGGAUUCCACCAUGGAUUCUCCAAGUUCUGUGUUGGAUCAAGCUUUCUGGGAUUCACUUGAUGUGGUGGAAAGUCCUAAGAAUUUGAUUCCUGAAGGGAUUUCUUCGAGUUCUCCAGCCAACAGGAUCAAGAAACUGCUUCAAGCCACUCUGUCACCAGCUUCCAAUGCUUCCAAUUGGACUUGGAAUGAAGAUUGGAUCACAGUUAGAAGCAUCGACAUUGAAGAAACCAAGGAUUGUUCUGGUGAGAGCAAUGCCAUCUUAGGAGAUGAUUCUUCAUUUACAACUCCAUCAUUCCUGGAUCUUUUCCAAGAUGAACUUACCAUUGAAAGCUCAAUCUUAGAUCAUGGUAACUUGUUGGAUAAUUCUAUUGAAACCAUCAUUGAUUUUAGCAGGAUUAGAGUUAGAACAGACCUUAUAUUGCCAUUUGACAGUGUAACAGAUGAUUCUUUUGUAUCAGACAAUCUCAAUUUUCAGACAGUUAAUGAAAAUUCUUGUUCUAUUGAAUCUCUUUCCAAUAUCCCAUCUUUCAUAUAUGAAUCAUAUUCUUAA